CCCACCAGCCAAUUAACUUCAAAUUCUGUAUUCAGUUAUAUGAUUAUAUAUAGCAACUCUGCAUCUAUUUAGAAUAAGAGAGACCUGAGGACAGCAGAUAGACCUCAGGGAGGGGAAUCUGAAAAACUUAAGCCUUUUGGAGGAUUUGUACCUGUACUUUGUCGCUGCCCCCCCCACACACACACAAUUUUCAAAUCAAAACUACCCCCCCCAGCCAAUUAACUUUUUCCGUAUUCAAUUCCUAAAUUCUGCAUCUAUUUAGAAUACAGACACUUGAGCUUCUGUGCUGUUGGAGUGAAGGUUAAAUCAAAAGAAAGUUGAUUCAUUUUAUGUUUGUAUUGGGUGGAUUGUUCUGACUACAAUCAGAAAACAGUGUUGAAGUCCUCCUGAGUUAGCUUUGACAAGUUUGGAGAAGGUGAGUUGUGUUUAAUAGUCGUUUUCUUUUUCUAUUAUGAACAAAGGAAACGUGCCGACCUACUGCUCAGGCCAGAGGACUAAAAGCUAACUUAAAGAUGGUUCAUUUUAACAUAAAAGCUGUACUUUGAAAAGUAAAACGUAUCGCAUGAUAUUUUGCAGUUUACGAAAAUAUUUCGACAUGAAAGUCGAGGUGACCACAGCGGUGAACUUCAUCACCGGAUUAUUGAGAGGAAGAGGACUUCUGUCCGAAAAACAGCUCCAAAACUUCAGCCGCUCUCUGGUAGAGGCGUUAGGAGAGCAUUAUGAGCACCACUGGUUCCCUGAUGCACCAUUCAGAGGUUCGGGAUAUCGAUGCAUCAGAAUCAAUCGCAGGAUGGACCCGCUAAUAGGGAAGGCUGCUUACACCAGUGGUCUCAGCACGGAGCAGGUUCGCGCCCUCUUACCGAAUGAGCUAACAGUGUGGGUCGACCCCUACGAAGUGUCCUACCGGAUCGGGGAGAACGGGUCCAUAGGUGUGCUGUAGGAGUCCACACCACUGCUGCUGGAGACUCAUCUCAACUCUGAUGACCGUCUCCAGCUAAUCUCUCAGCACAUCUGGCCCACAUCUGCUUUAUAUUUUAAAUGAUGAUUUUAAUCACUGAUCUCGGUGCACAUACGGUAUAUAUCCAACUUAUUGGAUAAUAUAGUCAAUAAAUUGGAUAUAUUUUGAUUCAGUUCCUUAUU